AUGACACUUUCUCGUACAAAAACGAUCCCCAUUUUAUUCCUUUUCGUGUUCAUCACUCAUGUUUUAGCUAAAAACCUCACAGAUGAAUGUGUUCUUGACGUUCAACUUUCUUCGGACUGCAAAACUGCUAAUUGGGACGGAUUUUUCAGCACCGAUUGUUGUGAAUCAGCUUUUGAAGAGUAUCUAUCCGCAUUAUCAAAACAUACGAAUCAAACUGGAUCGAUUUUCUUGAAUUUGAUACAACAACAAACUUGUCGAUCAUCGUUGGAAGGUAGCAACGGAAGAAAUCUUUUGAGCUGCGGUGUUGAAAAGCUAACCUCCGGUUCCGGAAGCUGCUCGGAUUUCACGCUGACUGAUGUUGCUAACAAGCUCGAGAGCUCUUUAUCCAGUUUAGAUCAAGAUUGUGAGGUAUUGGAAUCAAGAAACGACUGCAGUUCUUGUUUAGAAAGAUGGCAAAAGAUUGGUGCUUUGACUAUGAACAGUAGUAUGGAAGAGACUGAAAUUUGUAGAUUCGCUGUGCUUGUUUCGAUGGUGAGUCGAAAGAUCUCUGAUUUCAAAUGGGUUCAAGCCGUUUAUCAGUGUCUUGGCCAGCAUCAAAUAAGUUUUCGAUUAGAUCAAUCCCAGAAUCUUGAAGAUGAUAAUCAUAAACACAAGAAAAAGAGGACCACUGUUGUGGUAAUUCUGGUUGGAGGUCUGAUCGGGAUCAUGAUCAUAAUCAUGGCAUUGUGGAUUUGGUUUAGAAGAUCAGUCGCGGGAAAGUUGCCAAUGGGCAAAGUGGAUAUGUCUGUCAUACGAUCACCAUUUCCAAAAGAAGCAAGCACGAAAUUAACAGUUACGGAUGUUUAUGCGGCUACGAAUGAUCUCAAAGCAUCAAACUUCAUUGGUGAAGGAAACGCGGGGAAAGUGUACAAAGGCGUACUUGCGAAUGGUCAAAAUGUUGCGAUCAAGCACAUUGUGAACGAUGGAGAAAUGGAAACGUUUGUGCGGGAGAUAACGAGUUUGUCACACGUAAGACAUCCAAACCUCGUAAGAUUGCUCGACCAUUGUGAGGGGGAAGGCGAGUGUUUUCUCGUUUAUGAGCUUUGUCAUUGGGGAAAUCUUUCAGAAUGGCUAUUUAGUAAAGAUAAAGUUCUCACAUGGAUCCAACGUCUUCACAUUGCGAUUGAUUGCGCUCGAGGACUAUGGUUUCUUCAUACAUAUCCUGGAGGAUGCAUAGUUCAUCGCGAUAUAAAGCCAACAAAUAUCCUCUUGAACGUGAACUUUCAAGCGAAGUUAGCAGACUUUGGUUUGUCAAAAAUCAUCGAUACGGGUCUAUCUCAUGUUAGCUCGGAAGUGAGGGGAACAUUUGGUUAUGUGGAUCCCGAAUAUCAAAAGAAUAGUCGGGUGAAUCCAUCCGGUGAUGUUUAUAGUUUUGGGAUAGUGCUUUUACAGCUUCUUUCGGGCCAACGAGUGAUCAACAUAGACUUACAAAGGCCAAUGCCACUUGGGAAGAUGGCCAAGAUGCUAACAAGGGAUGGGAGUAUGACGGAGUUUGCCGAUCCGAAACUUAAUGGGGAUUACUCAUUUAAAGCUUUUGAGUGUAUGAUCAAUCUAGCGGUUUCAUGUAUAGGGAUGAAGCAACAAAGGCCAUCGAUGGAACAAGUGGUUGCAGGAGUUGAAAAGGCUCUUGACAUUUCGAUACGAGAUCGGUCACUUACACCUUCAUUUUCCUCGGACACUGUCUAG